AUGUCUCGAGAUAUCUCGAUUAUAGCGGUUAGAAAAACAUACAAGGAAAUUGCAAAAAUGGCGGCGGCUAUGCCAAUCAACCCUAAACCAUUCUUAAACAGCCUCACAGGAAAGGCCGUUCUUGUAAAAUUGAAAUGGGGCCAUGAAUAUAAAGGUCUCUUGGUAUCUGCCGAUGGCUAUAUGAAUUUGCAACUCGCGAACACUGAAGAACUUAUUGAUGGAUCCUGCACAGGUAAUCUAGGAGAAGUCCUCAUCAGGUGUAACAAUGUUUUAUAUGUGCGAGGCGCUGAAGAGGAAGAUGAAGAAGGGGAAAUGAAGGAAUAA